CCUUCCCGCUGGAGUGUACUUUCCCGAGGUCGUUCAAAUCCACGCUCGCAAACUAUGGCGCUCCCUCCACCUGUUAUCACAACGCUGCCGAGUAUCAUCCCUCCAGCAGAUCCUCUCAAGCCUCGACCGAGGACUCUCGUGCUUUGCUUCGAUGGUACAGGCGAUCAGUUCGACGCCGACAACUCGAACGUUAUCCAAUUCUUCACGCUGUUACAAAAGGAUGAUCAUACUCAGCAAAUGGUUUAUUAUCAGGCUGGAAUUGGCACAUACACCAUUCCUCAGAUCGCAACACCUCUAUGGGCGAAACUGAACCAGACUGUGGACGCGGCUAUCGCCUGGAAUUUGGAUGCCCAUGUCAUGCAGGGCUACGAAUUCCUUAUGCAAAACUACCAGGGAGGGGACAAAAUCUGUAUCUUCGGCUUCUCACGCGGCGCGUACAUCGCACGCUCGCUCGCUGGCAUGAUCCACAAAGUUGGGUUGCUUCCUUCAUGCAAUAGCCAGCAAGUGCCGUUCGCGUACAAGAUGUACACCCGAGCCGAUGACAUUGGAUGGAAGCAGAGCGCGGCGUUCAAAAAAGCCUUCUCGAUGGACGUUGAUAUCGAAUUCGUCGGUGUUUGGGACACGGUUUGCUCUGUUGGUCUCUUCCCUCGUCGCCUGCCCUUUGUAUCGUCGAACACUGCAGUCCGCUAUUUCCGCCACGCUCUGUCUCUGGACGAACGUCGCGCGAAGUUCAAGGCCAAUCUCUACAACCGUCCCACCGACCAGGAAGUGCAGCUCGGUGUCCAGCCUGGUGAAAUGCCCAAGCCGCAAGCGCAGACUGCCCUCGCCGCGAAAGAAGCAACUAUUACGGCAAAGAUGCACACUAUGUACGACACUCUGUCGAAGUCAGUGAAGCGGAAGAACAAGCACGACAAGGGUAGCGACAGCGACGAUGAAGAUUUGGCGGACUGGAAGCACGAUGUCUCGGAGUAUGCCAUCAACGGAACAACCAAGAAGGAGACCGAUGUCCUGGAAGUGUGGUUCUCCGGGUGUCAUUGUGACGUCGGUGGUGGCUCUGUCCCGAACGAUACUCGCCACAACCUUGCACGCAUCCCUCUGCGCUGGAUGAUCCGCCAGUGCUUCCUCGCGAACACCGGCAUUCGUUUCCACACUGAGCUGCUCAAGAACGUUGGCCUCGACCCCGCGAUGUUCUACCCCGAUUUGAAGCCGGCUCCCCGACCGCUUGACAUGACCAACAUCGUCAGCGAAGAAGAGUACCUUGCCGCCAUCGCGGAGCAGACUCCCAAGCUCCCAGACAUCCAAGCGCCGACGCUGAGACCGCCCACGGUUCCGCUGCAUGUACGCACCGACUCGACCAGGACGCUCGUCGACGAGCCGCUCUCGGCGGGGCCCACACCCGUGAAUACACCCGUCUUCACCACCGACACGCCGAAGUUGCCCGCUACGCCUCCAGCCCCGCGGGUCACGACGCUGCAGCGGCUGCGCGCCGGCGCGCUCGGGGAGCUGACCGAGGCGGAAGAGGACCUCGCGGACCUGCUCUGCCCGCUGUACGACCAGCUCGCGCUCGCGCCGGCGUGGUGGGUGCUCGAGGUCAUACCGCUCGAGCAGCACUACCAGCUGCCCGACAACGCGUGGGUGCACGAACCCGUCGUCAACUGGGGCCGCGGCCGCCACGUGCCUGUGUGCACGGACGCGGGCGUGCGCAUGAAGGUGCACUGCAGCGUCGACUUGCGCAUGCGCGCGAAGCGCGUGUACGACUGGACUAACGGGACGAGCGAGGAGCGAGCGUAUGUGCCGCAAGUGCGGUACCAUGAGAAGACGCUCGAGCACGAGGAGGUCAAGAAGGAGAUUGAGUGGGUGGUGUGACGUGGCGGUUCGGGAUUGCGUAACUUAUGCUCUCUCUAUGCCUUCUAUGCUCUGUAUGCGCCUUGCACUGCUUUGUCUGUAAGUCACUGUUGUGCUCUGCUCUGUGUUUCUAGCUUGUAGCGCCCCUUGUAGCUCUCAUGUAAUGUGCACACUGUCUUUUAAUAUGCUAUAUGGUUGUUUGCACCUCGUGCCUUC